AUGGCAAUCCUGAGGCCCCUGUUUCUGCCCCUGGGAUUGCUUCUGUGCCUCUGGCUUCUGUGUUCUCCUGCCAGCUGUACAAAUUCCACUACCAAUUGCAAGCCGUUCUUGUCAGUCACCACCAAGAAAUCCUCACUAAUCCACAUCAGCCCAGAUGUCUAUAAGAGCAACACACUCUACACAGUGUCAACUCAAGUGAGCCAUGGUAUUAUCUCUGUGGUCUUGGAAGCACGGGACCAGAACAACUCAGUCAUUGGCUCCUGGGAAAACCCCAGCAACCAUUGUGACGGCAGAGCUGGGUACUACUUGAAGGGUAAUUUCAGCACGCUCUUCAAGGCAAAAUGGAUGUCUCCUAAUUCCACGGACAUAACUGCAGUCAAGAUAAACAUCUACACUGUCAAUUCCCUGAGAAAUGCUGAACUUGAUUCCAUAACACUGCCGCAAGUUGGGACUGUGACCAUCAAGCAUGUCUCAACCAAGCAGGUCGUAACGACCCCAACCCACAAACCAACCUCGGCCCCCCCGAAACCAACCACAAACCCACAGAAAACAACCACAAACCACUCCAUACCAACCACUACCGUCCCCAAGCCAACCACAAGCCUCCACACAUCCCACCCCAAACUAACCACAACCCACAAAAGCUCAGCCAACAGAGCCUUCCUCUGCCCCAUGAGAGAGGCCAUCCAGAUCCUGCUCAUCUUUCUCAUCAGCGCACUCCUCUUCUAGAAGGAAGCGGAGGGAAUGACUGCUCCUGGCUCCACUGCAUCCUUCUGUGUUCAGUCCCAACCCAGGGCUCUGACCUGUGUGAAUGACCUCUGUGAAUGAUUUGCGCUCUCAGACGUACAACGCUACUGCCGCUGCUCCAGAUCCAAAUGGAGACCUGAGGGUCACCUAGACCCGAUCUAGGUGUAACUUGGAAUUCUGGCUCCUAACCGAACGUGCUGGCAGCCAGUUCCCUAGCCAAUCUAAACUUCUAUUUAGAUGUGAAACCAGUAGCAUCUACAGGGCAAGAAAAUAACAAUGUACCGUGUCUGAGUAGCCAAGGAUAGUAGAAAGGCAUUAUUUUCUGUCAUACCAAAUAGACUGUACCUCAAGCAAGAAUAAUGAAUGUGUUAAAUUCAAAUAUGUCUUUAACGAGUGAUUAACUGAAAAUACAGAAAAUGUCAUCUAAUUUAAUCACUUAUGUGAGCAUUAAAAAGAAAUCAAUGGAUUUAAAA